CAGUUGCUUUGCGGUCGUCGGUCGUUGGAGACGUUUGGAGUUGCUGCGGUGUUUACCUGCUUUUCUCGGCACUCCUCAGCGCGUGUUUCUGUGUUUGAAUGUGUUUUCAGCUGGCAUUGCCCAUAUAUAAAUAGUUUAGAUAAUGUGCAAUAUUUGGCAUAUGCAAAAUCGAAUGCAGUGCAAUAGCUAAAACCGAGUGCAACAAGUUGGCCAGUUUUUUGAGGCCAGAGUGAAAUGAAAGCUGGCAAAAGUGAAACGCCCACAAGAAAAUCUGCGUGGUGCUAGUGUGGUCUUGAAAGAAUCUAGCCAAACCACUUGGCGAAUUCCACAUACAUACAUACCAAAUUGGUAGAAGCGAAAUUUCACCAAGAACAGGCUUCAAGUCUUCGAUCGCCUGACUUAAACUUCGAUUUCCGUUGGGAUUAGAUCGAGUUAAAUCGACUCUUGAUGGCCCGGGGGCAACAGCAACAUCAUCACCAGCAGCAGCAGCAGCAGCAGCAAUAUCUGCAGCAGCAACAUCUUGGCCGGCUGCUUCUUGGAUAGCCAAGAACGUGAUCGCUUUCUGGCCAAGAUCGGAGCAAGCCAACGCCAUGGCGAUGUCACCUGUCUUAGAUGCGGCUGCCAAAGCCGCUGGCCGUGACCUCAAUGGCAAUACACCAGCAGCAGCAGCAGCAGCAACAGCAACAGCAACACGAACAGCAGCAGCAGCAGCAACAACGCCGCGCAAAGCGAAAAAGACAAUUAUCAAUUGGCUGGUGAAUAGUGACAGUGACAACAACAAUCGGCCGACGUGCGAUAAGGCCAGCAGAGAUAAACAUAAUCCAAAUCCAAAUCAAAAUCCGAAUACCCCAGCGAAUCCCAAUCAAAAUUGCAGCUGUGAAACGCGGGCAUUUCGCGAUUUCCGCGGUGUGCAAACCCUGCGAUUGCUGUGGAGCAAGCGCAUCAAAAGUGCCAGCGAGGACCACGCCCACUGCCACUCCUCGUCCUCCUCGCUGGGCACUUUAAAGAAGUUAAAUAAGAGCGUCAGUUGCCUGGUGAACGCAUUCAAUAACUCACGCGAUUGCGGCUCGCCGGAAAAAUCGCUGGCAAAACGCGCGGCCAGCCUGCACAACCUGCAGGAUUCGCAGCAUUCAAAGCACCAGCAGCAGCUGCGACUGCAGCGGGAAAAGGACAAUUUCUACAAGUACAAAAACGCCGAACAGGCCAAGAUGCAGGCCAAGUUAAGAAGCAACGCCGACGAGGCGAUUUUGAACGCUAGCGAAACGCGCGCGAAACGUGACGACAGUGAUUGCAGCCCAAGCAAACAGUAUACUAUGGCAGCCUUAUCAGUCGGCGGAGAUAAGGUUGUGAAAGUCGCGGGGCAAGUGGGGGAGGGGGAUGAGGGGGAGCGGGAGGAGGAGGUGGAACUGCGGGCCAAACAAGAGCGUAAUCGCCUUGAGGGUUUCAGUCUCAGCGCGGCAAGCGCCCAAAGUGGCGGCAGCAGCGAAUCGCUUCACACCACCUCCAACUCCACCUCGACCACCACCUCGUCCACCGUCACUGCUCAAACGGUGACGUCAUCGACGGGCCGAUCGGGCGGACGUCGCAAAUAUAGCUUUAAAACCCAUGCUGGCAAGUCCUACCAUCAGCAUCAUCAUCCCACGCGUAGGCUAAGCAACAUGGAUGCCAAUUCCACCAGUGGUGGCAUCAGUUUGGUGACCAAACUCACCCACCAGUUCAACGAAAUCAUCCAGAAAGAUGCGAGACUAUUGGAGCAGGUCAAGCGGAACAACGGAGUGUGGCUGUCGCGGGGCACGCAUGUCUACAAGAUCGUGGAGAAGUCGCCAGCCGAGGGCAAGGGAUCACAGACGCCCGACGAGAACCGCAUCUCCACUGUGCAGCGCAAUAUCAAGAAGUUCGAGAGGCUGGAGAAGCCAAGUGUUCCGCUGAAAAGCGAGCAGCUGAUGCGCAAACAUCUGGAGCUGAUGAAGGGCGGCAAUCUUCAGCGGGGUCCUCGAAUCAAACGAAAUCUCAAGCUGCCAGCCGGUAGUGUGGGUAUACCCGAACUGGCGGUGGUUAGCGAAGAACUUAAAACACCGAUUACAACUACUUCCGCAGAGCAUGCUAAGCAACCAAAGUCAAGCACAUCUGAAUCACUGCCCAGCAUUAGUAGCAAUGCCAGCAAUCAACAAGAACUGAAUCAGACGAAUGGCCGUCAUGACAGACCCAGUGAUGAGCUGGACUCGAUUUUGGGGGAGGAAGAGGCCGAGGAGGAAGUGCGUCAAAAGCAGCGGAAGCACAAGUAUGCCUCCAUAUACGAGAAACUGCGGUUUACCUUUGCAAAAGGUAGAAAAUCGGCAAGUCCCUCACCCACAAAAGGCAGAUUGCGGGAGGAGAUGUCCAUUGAUGAGGAAUCGUCUACCAAGGAGGAGGCCACCAGAAAAGAGGACUUCAAAUUGGACAUUCCCAAGGUGGUUAUACCCCGAGCAGAAGAUUUGGCAGACUCAUCCCAGCCCCUGCUGAUAUCGCCCUGCAUUGAAGCCGAUGCCAAAAUUCUAGACGCCCUGGAGGCGCUAGACCAAAAGCUCAAGGUGCUCAACCCGCUAAACGAGGCGGCCCCCGAAAAUGGUGAAAGUGAACUCCUCUUGGCCGCCAAUGAUGACUUCGAGCAGCGCAUCCUGCCCAACAGCUCAUUUGUCUAUCAGGCGGCCAACAAGCAGAUCUCGAACAACCAAUUGCUGCUCAACCAGGCGGUGAAUGUCACUCUGGUCAAUGCCAUCGAGGGUGAGCAGAUGAUCAUGGAGCAGAAGCAGCUGAUGAAGGUCAGGCAGGAGGAGGAGAAGAAGCUCAGGGAUCAGGAUUUGCAGCGGGAGGAGCUCAUCCCAGAGCCUGAGUCCAUCUACGAACCCAUCACACCUGCACCCAAUGAAACCAAGACUGAAACUCCCGCUUCCAGCCUCUUCAAGAUAUCCGCCAAGAAGUCGGAGAUCGUGGAGGACAUAUACCAAACGGUGGAGGAGGCAGCCGUUGCCAAGGUCAAGCCGACUAACUGGCUGGAGGGCUACGAGUCCAUUGCUGGAUCCCAGGAAGCAUGCACUUCGGCCUACGACGGCUACGAGUCUUUUGCCCAAGAGGAGGUGCUCCUCACACCCAUCACGCAGUCGGGAACGGGCACGGGCACGGGCACUUUGGGCCGGAAUACCCGUGAUGAGCUGCCGGAAUUGCCCAAACCCAAGAGAGUACUUAACAAGUCACCCAUGCCCUUGCGUCCGGCUCCUCCGAAGCCAGAGGCCAAAGAGUCCGAGGAGGAUGAGAACAUCUACGACACCAUCAAGGGCUGCUACGAGUCCAUGCACUGCAAGGCAUCCCAGGGAGGAGAAGCCAUCCCCACAACAGAUGCCAUCUCCCUGAGUUCCAACUGUUACGAAAGCAUCGCCCACUUCCGGAAAUCGCGAUUGGCCACGGGUCAGAGUGCGGCUCAGGGAUCCGCCGGCAACUGCAUCCAGCUCUCGAGCAGUGGCUCCACCCUGACAAUCUCCUCGGACCACAAAACCAACAGCCUGUACGAGUCCUCCCUGGCGGCCACUGGAUGUGUGGUCUACGGCAGCUCGAGUGUGGGAUGCAGGUCCUCGUUGGGCAGCAGUUCCGGUAGCAGGGAUGGCGGAAAGCCCGGCGACAAGCGGUCUUCGAUAGCGGGCUCCAGUGACAACAGCGACGCCUGGGUGGACAUUUCGGAUGGCGAGAUCUGUCAGGCGAACCUGGAGGCGGUGGCCAACGAGGCCCAGUUUAUUGUUGUACGUGAAAGGUUUAAGCCGCAUCGCAACCGGAGUCCAGAUUGGUCGAAACGCAUCAGAGACAAAAGACUGCAACAAAAGAAGGCGAUAAGCUGCAUAGAGGAUGACUCAGACCACUAUUACGAGACACUAUCGCCACUCGGAAACAAGCGCCAUUCGACGCAGCUGGUGCGCCACAGCCAGGAUGGAAUUCGCGUCUCGCACCGCCGGAGCAAAAAUCAUUCGGCAUCCGCCCACACGCUGGGCGAGCACGUGGUCAUCUCUGAUGACUAUGACUCCUUCGAGACGGACAGCGACGACCAUGGCGAGGGUGAGCCUAACCAGCGGCUACGAAACCACAACGACAGCGGCGUGGACAUGCGCAACCAUCGCCUGCCGAAACCUCCUCCUCCGCCAAACCAGGUGUACGAGCUUGUGCGCAAAUUCCGCGACUUCAUCUCAAGCAAGAAAUCUCCCAAGGGCAGCCAGCAGAAGCUGUACGAGAACACCCCGGCGUCCACGCAGUUCUACGUAGAGAGCGGCAAACGCACGGAGGAGGUCUACGAGAAUACGGAGUACGGACCGGAACGGAUUCCGGCAUCCACGGGCCACCAGGAGCAGGCUCCAGUGUUGAGGGCCAAGCAAAAGAAUGGCAAGAGCCUUCGUUCCCGGUUGCGCAAGAGUCUGGUCGGCUCCAGCUUCGAUACCAAGCAGCUCUCCUCGCUGGCGGCCACACGGAGCACCUUCUACGUGGAGGACCCCGAGGGAUCACCAGCCCUGCCCUUGGAGCCGGAGAUUCACGGCUCCGGGGAACUGGACUCCGGCUUCUCCGAGAAGAACUGCACGCCCACGGCGGAGUCGCAGAAGUUCUCCACGGUGGCGCGCAAGGCGAAGAAGGAGGCGAAGGCUAGUAGGCGUCGCACCACCAUCGGACUGCGGCCCCACGAUCCUCCUCCGCCGCCGCCAGCACCAAUGCCAAUGUCCGGCAGCAAAUCACCCACUGAUCCGGAACGGGGACAGGAUCCGGGACAGGCCACAUCCUUGUACGCCGAAUGCGGCGUUUUCAAGCCGGAUGGAGCGAAUGGAUCGCUCAGGGGCGACGAACCGGUCACGCCCACGCCCAGCGGUUAUGGAGGCGUUAGCUCCUGGUACGCGGAAUCGGGUCUUUACCAGACCAGCGGCAUUUCCGUGGCCAGUUCCAGCGGCAGCUCGGGCGUCUCCACCGGCAACGAGGCGGGACUGGGCGAUGAGCUGUCCUCGGAGCCACACAGUCUUUUCUCCAACGAACCACUCUACCAAAUGUACAGCGCCGCCAAAUUGGAGUCGAUUACCCGCGACCUGGAGGCGCAUGGAUCAUCGGAUGGCUACGAGGAGAUUGGGCAGCACGCCAAGGCGAAGCCCGAGGCGCUGGCCAAGACUCGCCCCACCGCCCUGCAGCUGGUGGAGCCAAAAAACGGACCAUCGCGUACCCUUUGGAGCGAGAUUCCCGAGGUCAUACACUCAUGCAUACUGCCCACCUUGACCAGUCGGGAGCGCAGUCUGCAGGAGGCCAAGUUCGAGAUCAUCACGUCGGAAGCCAGUUACCUCAAGUCGCUGAACCUGCUGCGGCGGCACUUCAUGAACCACAGCGCCUUCAUGGACACCUCCGUGCUGAGCGGCAAGGACCGGAAGGCGCUCUUCUCCUACAUUGUGCCCGUGCACGAGUGCUCAGAGCGGCUGCUCACGGAACUGGAGGCCUGCUGGCAGGACAACAUCAUGUUGCUUGGUCUGAGUCGCUGCAUCUACGAGAUCGCCGAGCGGCACUUCCACGUCUACGUGGACUUCUGCGAGCACCAGGGCAGGAUGGACAGGGCACUGCGUCGAUUGAAAUCGUCCAAGGAGUCACUGGCCUUCCAGCAGCAACUGGAGCGACUGGAGGCCAGUCCAAGCUGCUGCGGCCUCAACCUGCACUCGUUCCUGAUGCUGCCCAUGCAGCGGAUCACCCGCCUGCCGCUCCUGAUCGAUGCGGUGUUCAGCAAGGAGUCGCCGCUGAAUCGCGAGGAGUACGAGGGCUGGAAACUGACGCUGGCUCUCGUCCAGAAACUGGUGGGCCAGUGCAACGAGGCGGCCAAUCGUUGGGAGCAGGCCUUCGAGCUGGAGCGGAUCGCCCGCCAGCUGGAGUUCCCUUCCAGCGUUCGGGCCCUGGCCAUUGCCCCGGUGGGCGUGCCGCGGGCGGGCGCCAAACCGCGCUUUCUGGUCAAGCGGGGCGAACUCACCCACCUGGUGUGGCGCGGCGAGGAUGCCAAGCUGACCUUCGGCAAGCGCCUCACCAAGGCCAGCAUCUACGCCUUCCUCUUCUCGGACCUCCUGCUGCUGUGCAAGCGGCGCGGAGAGUCCAGCUUCAGCGUCUUCGACUACUGCCCCAGGAGCAUGCUGACCCUCGCCGCCGGCGACUCGCUGCCCCAGUUGCCCACCAAGGACCUCAAGGAUCAGGUGCACAAGAACCUCAUCCUGAUGACGCUGCUCGAGAACAGCGACCGCAAGACCGUCGAACUGGUUUUGUCCUGCCCAUCGGUGUCCGAUCAACAGCGCUGGCUGCAGGCCAUGCGACCGCCCGAGGCGGAGACGCCCGGCGAGAAGCUCUACGAGUCCUGGGACUGUCCUCAGGUGGUGGCCAAGCACAGCUACGAGUCCGAGGAGCCGGACGUCCUCCAAUUGGAACUGGGCGACGUCGUCAAUGUUUCGCGCAAGCUGCCUGACGGCUGGUACCAGGGCGAAAGGAUACGGGAUGGCGCCGUCGGCUGGUUCCCCGGAACCUACACCGAGGAGCUGAACUCGGCCCAUGUCCGGGCCCGCAACCUGAAGCAGCGGCACCGCCUGCUCACCUUCACGGCCACCUACCUGGAGUCCCAGAAGGGCAAGUGACCCGGUCACCGAGCUCCUGGACCCUCCUGGCGGUCGAGCAUUACGCUGAGCAUGCGAGCAACGCCAAACUCCAUAGUCCGAAACCAACUCUAAGUGAACUACCAUAAAUAGCCGUACACUUUAGGAAAUGUGAUAAUUAUUUAAAUCGAUGUUAAUGCUGAUGAAUCGGGAAUCUUAAAAUAACUUCUUUCCGUACCGAGUAAGCAGUAGCAAGUACUUGUAUUUAUGUAUACCCCUCUAUGUAUAUUUAAGCGAAUUCUAAUAAACAAGCAAAAUAAAACAAA